AUGCCGCUACAGAAGCCGUCACCUCACCGCUUCAUAGCGCCUGCACCUCCAACACAAACACCCAAACAGAAGCCGAAAUCGAAUCUACGUCAUGCGAUCAUUGCGCAUACUCCCGAGUUGCAAUUCAAGAAGAUCACGCCUGCGAAACGAUUUGUGGCUGCGCCAGCGCGAGCACAUGCAGACGAUGAGUACGACGUGACGCCGCGGCCUAAAGCGAGGAAAUACGAGAGGGUAGAGAGUAUUGAGGAGAGCCAGCUUGCUUCAGAAGAGGAAGAUGGCGGAGAAGACAGCGAAGACGAGGACGAGCUACUCUUCGAGAGUGUGCAGAGAGCGAAGAGGAGACGCACAUCACCUUCGUCACCUCCCCAGCAGCAUCUAGCCCCACAAAUGCCAUUGGGCAUUGCAUCGCACCGCUUCAGGCUUCCAGCAGCACAGACACCGCUCCCCUUCUGUCCGAACACUACCUUGCACAUGCCGCCCGCAAGUGUGACCAUGAAUAUGACCUCCGUGACUAGCGGGAGUACUCCAACGACAACACGACCACACUUCCUCCUCCCCGUCCCGCGCUCGCCCAGCAAACCCUGCACUCCGCUCCCAGAGAUAUUCUCCCCCUCGCGAAAGGCACAGAAAUACCUCUCCAACGGCCUCGCGUCCAGCGUGCAAGCCUGGAUAAUAGAGACUGCGCAACAGGGGCCGGGAGCGGGAAUAGUCUGGGGAAGGGAACGGGAGGAUGGGGUGAGGGUGAAGAUCAGGGUCUCGGAACUAGGAGGGGGCGAUGUAGAAGCGCUCGAGUGCUGGCUGGGAGGUACGACGUUUGUGGUGGGAGAGACGGAGACGGGCAUGUAUGAUGCGUCGAGAGCGGAGAGCUUGGAAGUGGGGCAGGGAAUGAGGGUUCUACUAGCUGGACAUGGAGGAUCGAGGGGCUCUGCUGGAGUCAAGAUCAGGAUAGGAAGUAUCGUUGGUAUCAGAGCGCCGACCUGGGAACUCGAUGUGGGUGGAGAGAAGUGGACGGUGGGUGUGGACUGGUUCGUGCUUCAUUGA